UAUACAUGUAUUAUCUUGUUAAUACGAAUAAGAACAAAAAUUUCCAUUGAGUCAAUUCUACAGAAUUGGAUCAAUGUAUUCGUUAUGAUGACCGUGACAACAGCAAUUUUUUUAUGUGUUUCAACCUUUAUUUAUUGAAUGAACGGGAAAAAUAAACAUUUUUGAAUAUAACAAAUUUUUGAUUUCAAUAUACAUAUCAUACUGCUCCACAUAAUGGUUUUCAAUGAAACUGUGCUACAGCGGCAAAAAAAAUCGAAGAAAGUUGUCCGGUUAAUGCAAAGAAAAUUCUAGUAUACAAUGUAUGGCCUGUUAUAUUUUGCCAUUUUUGUUUCAAAAUAGAUUUGACAUUGUCAGCAUCAACUUGACAAAAAAAAGAAAAAUGGUCAGCAAUAUUCUACCUGCCGCAAUGGCCGCAAACUUUCUGAGGAAUCAUGGCGAGCAAAAUAGUUCUGACGGACCUGAAUUUCGAUUGUCUUGAAGGAUUGUUGAAGUACUUGAGUCUCGGUGAUUUAUUGAAAUUGGCCGAUUCAAAUGCUACACUUCAUCAAUUUGUGAAAAUAAUAUUGAUUCAAAAAUAUGGAACAUCACUGGUGCUUGGCUAUCAUCGUUUUCAGCGUUAUCUCUGUACGUGCAAUAACGAUUUGGCCAUCGACAACUUAAAAAUGAGUUUACAGUUGUUUCGAUGCUUCGGAAGUCAAAUAUCUCAUUUAAGUCUUACGUUCAAAGAAAAAUUCGAGAAAAAUGGAAAUGCAUGGAAUAAUCAUCUUAUUGAUUACAUCAAUACAUAUUGUACUGAAUCGUUGCAAACACUUGAAUUAAAUGGAAUUCAAAAAAUCGUUCCAUAUCAUCUCAAGAAGCCAUUUCCAAAUGUGGAAAAUGUUUAUAUUGAAGAUUGUUUCUUCAAUGAUCUGGAUGAACGAAAUUCGAUUUGUAGCUUAUUUCCGAAAUUGACGAAUCUCACGCUGGUAUACAAAUGGAUGGAAGAUGGGAAUAGCAAAUAUGAUCCACGUAUUCAUGGUACAUUCAAAUUCAUAGCGAAACACUAUCCAUUUUUGGAGUGUUUUCAAUUUGGUGUAUGCUUUGGAUUCCACACUUUUAAAACGGACUUGAUAAAGAAAAGUCUAUUGCAUGCAAUCCGUUUGAAUCCCCAAUUAAAAGUGUUAGAUAUUUCCAUUACAAAGUGUCCAUUGGUGACAUUAGGCGAUUUGCAAAAAGUUAGCAAUUCUCUUCAGUGUCUCGAACAUCUGAAAUUAGUGAUUGCAACCAAUUCGGUUUGUCAGUGAUAAGCUUUGGAAAAUGGUUCUCACCUCGAAUAGAAUAUUCGACGAACAAGGCUAUGAAUUUAUUGAAAAACAUCCGACAGUAACAGAUCUUAGUAUUGAAUACAUUGGAUUACGGAACAAUGUUAACAUGUAUAGGCUUGCAAAAGCAUUGCCAAAACUUGAACAGUUAAAUUUUGGUUGGUAUGUUAAGGUUGGAAUCGAUGAUAUUAUAAAUUCAUUGGCUGAGUUUAUAUCGCUCAAAAGAAUCACAUUUUUUCAAGAUGACAUUAAACAUGAUAAAUAUACAAAAUUUUCGACAUUUUGUACGAAGAAUCAAUGGUCUGUAUCAACUACUUUCAAUGAU